AUGGCUGCCGCUGUUUUGGCGGCGGCCACACGACUGGAUUUAUCGUCGGUAGUUAACGACGGCGAAAACAAACCUGCUCUUGUCAAAGAGACCAGUACCGUCGGCGAUCUCAUUUCCUUCACAGACCGUCGGAUAAGCCCAGUCCGACAACAACGGAGGCGAAGAAGCAGCACUGGAAAUACUGACGUGUCCCAAUUCCGACGAACAAGUCUUAAACGAUCCGACUCCGAAAGAAGUGUGCUGAGCUUUCGGUCAAGGAAUAGCUCUUCAAGUACUCCCUUGAAAACACCAUUCUCGCCGGAAGACGACCCAGACACCAGUCGGCAAAGGACAAGCCGCCGGAAUUCCAUGUUAAACGCUCUUCGAGAGGACCUCGGAAAAGUUCGCUGCUUAAAAGCCUUAAAAAGACAUUCAAUAAAGUCGUGGAUGAGCGAAGAGGACGACGAUAAUGACCCUUUUGAUCCUAGUGACUCUGACGGCGAGCGCAUUUCUCCUUAUCGACGGAAAACUUCCCGACGGUCGUCAAAUAUGGUCAGGCGGGACUCUCGUUUAUCUAUGUCUAGUAGUGAAUCCUUUUCAGGAGCUCUUACCGAAGCUGAACUAAGAAAACUACAAAUGCUUCAGACACUGGGCAAAAUGGGCGGACAGGAGAACAGACAUAAACGCCAUGACUCUUUUGACAGUCAAAGCGGUGAGAUAGCAAUCCUAGAAGCUUCUUACGGGAGGGGAAAGAAAAGGGCAAGUAUUGCAACACACGUGCUCAUGAAAACACGUCGAAAGCGCGGUCCACUUACGGAAAUAAAUGCAACCAAAGCUGAUGUUUUACUCGGAACUCCUUCGCCUGUACAAAAGACAGAGGAGGAAGUUGUAACAGAAGAACAGAAAGAAAGGUCACAGAAAAUGUUUCAAAUGCUAAAGAAAACUGAGAAACCGAAGCUGGUCGGGCUUGUGGGUAAAAGUAAAGACUCGAUAACUAAAGAGGACGUUGCAAAGGAAUCUAUAUUAAGUUUCCGUCGAAAACUGAAGAGAAAGAAGAUUAAACCAAUCGAUGUGUGGCGGAAACGCGCGAAGUUCCUUCUGCUCCUACUGAGGGCGUGGAAAAUCCACUCUAAUGCUAUAAACGAAGACCUUGUCGACAACAAUGAAUCUUUGGACAUGAUAACACGUGGGAACCAGGCGGACCUCAUGUUUGAUAUAACAACGUUUAAAGCUUCGAAGGAGGCAAAAAUAUCUCAGGAGGUGAAGAGGAUACUGAUGAAGAAGCCAAGCUUAAGAACUGAAGACGAACAGUAUUAUGUACAGAUAUUUCUUCGGAAUUACAAGAGUAUUGCAGAGUACCCGGUGAAAAUGCAGCGGCUGAUUGCACAACGAUCUUGGAUAGAAAGUUUCGACAUAAAGCGUGUAAUAGUGAGAGAAGGCCAUGUCCCUAUGUGUUUCUAUUUUAUCCUGUCCGGGUCAGCGAUCGUGUCAGCAAUGGACAAUGGGGUGCCAAAAACCAUCAUGUUUCUAAACAGAGGAGACAGUUUUGGAGACGUCGCCAUCUUGAAUAAUGCUCGCCGGGAAACUACCGUAAUAUCUCGCGAGAAGAUAGAACUCCUGGUCAUGACAGAUACGGAUUUUGUUGAUAUAUUCAUGUCAGGCGGUCUGAGGGAUCCAAACGACCCUUUCCUGAAAUCUAUAAAUUUUCUUGAUGGCUGGCCAAGAGACAAAUUAAUUGACAAUCCAAAAAGGUGUAUCUUCAGUUAUUUCAAGCGUGGUACAAUUCUUGUGAACGACAGUACAAACAAUGACUGGAUCUUUGUUGUCAAAUCGGGAAGUGCAAGUCUUCUGAAGAAGCUUCAGACAGUUAACAUCAAGAAAAGACCAAAAACAAGGAAGGUGCUAGACUUCAGAGAUGAAGUGAUGGAGGUAAUGAAACACGAGAAGUAUCUCAGUCACGAAGAACAGGUUCAGCUGAUGUUUGAGGAGGAGAAACGUAGCCUUGACGACCAAAAUCUGCACGUGCGAUUCUACGCUCUUCCCGAAAUUAACGUGAAAACAAAUGACUCAUACAACGAACUGCGUCAGAUGAAAGAAGAGUUUAUGAAUGCAAACAGUGUUAAUCGAGCUCUGGGUGCCCUGGAAAAAUCCGGGGUUGACGUGAAAUCCGAGACCGGAAAUAGUGACUCUACACAACACGUUUCCGACAAGAGAUCAAGACGGAAGUCUAUAGGUCCAUUCAUAAAAGGUGGAAGUACAUUGGGACGUGAAGCCUCUUUUGCAUCAUUGCCCUCGCGCAGGGAUUUAGACUCUAGACCCUCGGAGUCUAGGAACUCUCGGCGUAGCAUAGCCUCGAAUCAGAAAAGUGUUCGGUUUGCCGACCCCCGUGAUUCGGCAGAAGCUGACAAUGUUGAUGAGGCAGUGAAAAAAGUUGACGACUGGGAACAGAUGUCGCUUCCGACACUAGGAGAAAGCCCAAUCAAUGAUCUUUCAAUCAAACCAGAAGCCAAACCAGUGUUCGUUGAGGCUAAUAUACUUACAAAAGGACAAGUUUUUGGCCUAGCUGAUAUGCUGUUUGAGAACCAGCCCCAUUUCAGUCUUGUGAGCAAUGGUGCAGAAUGUAUCAUGAUCGAGAAAAAGUUUUUCCUAGAGCAUGCCUCACAAAGACUUAUGGUGGCCCUACGUGAAUCCACGUUUCCUUACCCGUCAGAGGAGAACCUACAGGCUAAUCUUGAAACACAAAUGAGGUGGAAUCUGCACAAAAAUAAAACUAUUAACAACUUACUGAGGGAAAUCAAAAUCAGAAAAAGUGAUAAAUAUGACGCACGUUCAACAUUGCUCUUGCCCGCUCUACACAUGUAGUAUCUAGCAUACAUAGCACGUGAAGUGCACGUGAAGCUCGUGUUCAAUCUUUUGGUUCAUCAUCAACUGAAUAAUUUGUGUUGAAACAAUCUACAGCGUAUAACUAAGAAUUGCCAUUCUUUUUAUAUGAUUAAAAACUUGUCAGCUUUGUCAGUUUUUAAAAAUCAUCCCUAUAGCUCUGUUAUAUUUAUUAAAAACCGCCAAUGACAGGCUAGAUAAAUGUUGUUUUUUUUUUGUUUUGUUUUUGUUUUUCAUUAGUUUUAAAUAAUGCAGACGACAUGUCUAAUCUUUAUGUAGUAAUUUUAUUUCUCGAAAACCGUAACGUUGGGGUUUUAUAACUAUUUUUUAGUUAAUACAUGUAUUUCUUUGUAUAUAAUUGUGUUUUAAUGUUACGACAGCUUAAUAUGAGCCGCGCCAUGAGAAAACCAAUAUAGUGCGUUUGCGACCAGCAU